UCCCCCAAAUGCCAAAGCUUUCACUUUUUAUAGUAAGCAGGAAGGCAACGGUGAUAAAUGCACUUUUGAAUCUGCAGAGUUCCCAGAACGUAGAGAAACCUGAAAAAGUAGAAAAGUUGGGGAGAUGGCAAGUAAGCCUCAUAAGAAGACUUGGAAUGAAGAAAUGGCAGAUUUAUUUCGUACUUCUGAAGCAGCGGCUGCUGCAUUGCCUGAACCUUAUUUGUUUAAAUUUUGGGAUCUUGAUAAAAAAUACUUCGUUUUGUUGGAAGACAAGUUAGUGGCAGAUGUGAAAACUUCUAAUUCACCAGAGCAGUUAAUGGCCGUCCUUCCAAAUAAAGCUCUAGAUUCAGCACAAUAUCCCAUGUUUAUGGGCCCUGAAAAGAAGAAGAGCUGCCUGUACUGCGUGAAGUCUGGGACUGGCCAAUAUCAGAUAGAGUUGAAAGAGAAAGAUAUUAUGGAACUUGAGAAAGAUCCCCAAAAUGCCAAAGCUUUCACUUUUUAUAGUAAGCAGGAAGGCAACGGUGAUAAAUGCACUUUUGAAUCUGCAGAGUUCCCAGAUUGGUUCAUCAGCACUUCUUCAGAAGCAGGAAAGCCUAUUGGACUGAGUCAAAAAGGAGGAACUCAGAAUAUCCUGUUUCACUUUGAAAAAAAAUCAUGAGUCAGAAACACUGUUCUGCAUCUAUGUGUCUAAUAGACCUUGUGCAUACAAAUUGGAAUGGAGCCAGAAUGUAUGAUUAGGCCAAUGAAUAGAUUUAGAUAGUAUCCUUCAAAAAACUUUGGAAGAAUUGUCUCAUAUUCUGGGGAAGGUGAAAUAUAUCUUAUGGAUAAAAUGGA